CCGAGUGCAGCGGCGGAGCGGUAGGAGCCCGCCCGAGGGCCGAGGCCGUUAGUGCCCCGGGCCGGGCACCGGACUCCCGUCGUGGGGGCGCCGGCCUGGAGCGAGCCGUGUCUGAACGGGGUGCUGUAGAAGGCCUGUUCCGACACCAUGUCUAUACCAUUCUCAAACACCCAUCACCGCAUUCCGCCGGGAUUUGCAAAUCUGCUAGAAGGACUAGCCAGAGAAGUUUUGAGGGAGCAGCCUGAAGAUAUACCAGCCUUUGCAGCCAACUAUUUUGAAGAGCUGCUGGAUAGAAGAGAAAAAACCAAGUUUGACCCAGCAGAAUGGGGGGCUAAACUAGACGACAGGUUCUACAACAACAAAGCUUUUGAGGAGGCCGUAUCUUUGCAAGAAGAGGUGAAGGAGUCGAUGAAAGAUUCAUCCCUGGAGCCCGAGCUUGACAAACACAGCCUCUAUGAAACAGCCACCCAUGAAAUAGAAGAUAAAGCUGCCACAAAAAUCCAGGCUGUCUACAGGGGAUACAGGGUAAGAGAGACAGUGAGGAGACUGAAAGAACUAGGUCAGGAUGCAACGAACCCCACGGAAGAAAUCUAAUGCCAUUAGACCUGCCAGUGUCAUGAUUUCCAGACUAGAUGCAGGUGAAUGAAUGGCUUGUUUGUCAGUAGGUUUAUUUUUGUUUAAUAAAAACAUCACAUUUUCAAAAUG